AUGCCCGGGUCGGGCGAGAAACACCGCGUCCGUCAGGCGGCCAAAGCAGCGCUGGGUGGGGUGGGCACCCCCACACUGCUCACCCGCGCGGUCGCCGGAACGAAGGACGUAGGUGCAAGGACCAGUACCCCCACCCCUCUGACGCCGAGUGUACCACUCACGGAGCUGCUGGGGCAGAGGGACGUCACGCGAACGCUGCUGCUGCUGCUGCUGCGAGCGCUGACCACCACCACCGCCGCUCCGCUGCUGGGUACCGCCUCGACCAGCUCCACCUCCUCCGCCACCACCGCCUCCUCCGCCGCCGCCUCCCCCACCGUCACCGCCACCACUGCCGCUACCACCACCGCCGCCGCCACCACCGCCGCCUCCUCCGCCGCUGCCACCACUACCACCACCACCCCCUCCACAACUCCCGCCGCCACCCCCACUCCCUCCGCUGCCUCCACUGCCACCUCCACCGCCUCCUCCAGCUCCACCAGCGCCCUUGCUCCCCUUGCCCUUGCCAGAGCGGCGUCUCCCACUAGGGGCAAACGCCGCGCCAACCGACUCGAGACCAAGCAGGUCGGCAGCAGCAGCAGAGGCAACAGAGGGCAGCAAGGGGGGAAGGAGAGCACCCCUCAAAGAUGGGGGCAGGGCAGGCCGGGCAGCUCUGCAGAAGGGCGGCUCGGCGACUCAGCGACUCGGCUGCUGGGCGGCUCGGCGGCAGGGCGGCUCGGGUGUCGGGCGGCUCGGCUCCCGGGCGGCUCGGCGGCAGGGCGGCUCGGGUGUCGGGCGGCUCGGGUGCAGGGCGGCUCGGCUCCCGGGCGGCUCGGCGGCAGGGCGGCUCGGGUGCCGGACGGCUCGGCCGCACUGCUGCUCGGCUGCUGCAGGUGGGCGGCUCGGCUGCUGCAGGUAGGGUGGCGGGGCCGCGAGACCAGGGGCGGCGGGGCCGGCGGUGCAGGGACGGGGACGGCGGGGCCGGCAGGUGAUGGAAAGGGGGAUUUAGGGUUUAGAAUCUGGGAGAAGGGGAUGGAAUCUGGGAGAAGGGGAUGGAAUCGGGGAGAAGGGGAUGGAAUGAGGGAGAAGGGGAUGGAAUCUGGGAGAAGGGGAUGGAAUCUGGGAGAAGGGGAUGGAAUCUGGGAGAAGGGGAUGGAAUCUGGGAGAAGGGGAUGGAAUCUGGGAGAAGGGGCCCCAUUCUCACGCUUUCCAUCACCCUGCCCCAAUCUCCCGCUUUCCAUCACCCCGCCCCAUUCUCCCUCCUUCCAUCACCCCGCCCCAUUUUCCCGCUUUCCAUCACCCCGCCCCAUUCUCCCGCUUUCCAUAACCCCGCCCCAUUCUCCCUCCUUCCAUCACCCGCCCCGUUCUCCCUCCUUCCAUCACCCCGCCCCUUUCUCCCUCCUUCCAUCACCCCGCCCUAUUCUCCCGCUCUCCAUCACCCCGCCCCAUUCUCCCGCUUUCCAUCACCCCGCCCCAUUCUCCCGCUUUCCAUCAACCCGCCCCAUUCUCCCGCUUUCCAUCACCCAGCCCCAUUCUCCCGCUUUCCAUCACCCCGCCCCAUUCUCCCGCCCCAUUCUCCCUCUUUCCAUCACCCCGCCCCAUUCUCCCGCAUUCCUUCACCCCGCCCCAUUUUCCCUCGUUCCAUCACCCCGCUCCAUUCUCCCGCUUUCCAUCACCCACCCCCAUUCUUCCUCUUUCCAUCACCCUGCCCCAUUCUCCCGAUUUCCAUCACCACGCCCCAUUCUCCCGCUUUCCACCACCCCGCCCCGUUCUCCCACUUUCCAUCACCCCGCCCCAUUCUCCCGCUUUCCAUCACCACGCCCCAUUCUCCCUCUUUCCAUCACCCCGCCCCGUUCUCCUGCUUUCCAUCACCACGCCCCAUUCUCCCGCUUUCCAUCACCCCGCCCCAUUCUCCCGCUUUCCAUCACCCCGCCCCAUUCUCCCGCUUUCCAUCACCCCGCCCCAUUCUCCCUCUUUCCAUCACCCCGCUCCGUUCUCCCGCUUUCCAUCACCCUGCCCCAUUCUCCCGCUUUCCAUCACCCCGCCCCAUUCUCCCGCUUUCCAUCACCCCGCCCCAUUCUCCCUCUUUCCAUCACCCAGCCCCAUUCUCCCGAUAUCUGUCACCCCGCCCCAUUCUCCCUCUUUCCAUCACCCCGCCCCAUUCUCCCGAUUUCCGUCACCCCGCCCCAUUCUCCCUCUUUCCAUCACCCCGCCCCAUUCUCCCUCUUUCCAUCACCCCGCCCCAUUCUCCCUCUUUCCAUCACCCCGCCCCAUUCUCCUGAUUUCCGUCACCUCGCCCCAUUCUCCCUCUUUCCAUCACCCCGCCCCAUUCUCCCGAUUUUCGUCAUCCUGCCCCAUUCUCCCUCUUUCCAUCACCCCGCCCCGUUCUCCCUCUUUCCAUCACCCCGACCCAUUCUCCCGCUUUCCAUCACCCCGCCCCAUUCUCCCUCUUUCCAUCACCCCGCCCCAUUCUCCCGCUUUCCAUCACCCCGCCCCAUUCUCCCUCUUUCCAUCACCCCGCCCCGUUCUCCCGCUUUCCAUCACCCCGCCCCAUUCUCCCGCUUUCUAUCACCCAGCCCCAUUCUCACGCUUUCCAUCACCCUGCCCCAAUCUCCCGCUUUCCAUCACCCCGCCCCAUUCUCCCUCCUUCCAUCACCCCGCCCCAUUUUCCCGCUUUCCAUCACCCCGCCCCAUUCUCCCGCUUUCCAUAACCCCGCCCCAUUCUCCCUCCUUCCAUCACCCGCCCCGUUCUCCCUCCUUCCAUCACCCCGCCCCUUUCUCCCUCCUUCCAUCACCCCGCCCUAUUCUCCCGCUCUCCAUCACCCCGCCCCAUUCUCCCGCUUUCCAUCACCCCGCCCCAUUCUCCCGCUUUCCAUCAACCCGCCCCAUUCUCCCGCUUUCCAUCACCCAGCCCCAUUCUCCCGCUUUCCAUCACCCCGCCCCAUUCUCCCGCCCCAUUCUCCCUCUUUCCAUCACCCCGCCCCAUUCUCCCGCAUUCCUUCACCCCGCCCCAUUUUCCCUCGUUCCAUCACCCCGCUCCAUUCUCCCGCUUUCCAUCACCCACCCCCAUUCUUCCUCUUUCCAUCACCCUGCCCCAUUCUCCCGAUUUCCAUCACCACGCCCCAUUCUCCCGCUUUCCACCACCCCGCCCCGUUCUCCCACUUUCCAUCACCCCGCCCCAUUCUCCCGCUUUCCAUCACCACGCCCCAUUCUCCCUCUUUCCAUCACCCCGCCCCGUUCUCCUGCUUUCCAUCACCACGCCCCAUUCUCCCGCUUUCCAUCACCCCGCCCCAUUCUCCCGCUUUCCAUCACCCCGCCCCAUUCUCCCGCUUUCCAUCACCCCGCCCCAUUCUCCCUCUUUCCAUCACCCCGCUCCGUUCUCCCGCUUUCCAUCACCCUGCCCCAUUCUCCCGCUUUCCAUCACCCCGCCCCAUUCUCCCGCUUUCCAUCACCCCGCCCCAUUCUCCCUCUUUCCAUCACCCAGCCCCAUUCUCCCGAUAUCUGUCACCCCGCCCCAUUCUCCCUCUUUCCAUCACCCCGCCCCAUUCUCCCGAUUUCCGUCACCCCGCCCCAUUCUCCCUCUUUCCAUCACCCCGCCCCAUUCUCCCUCUUUCCAUCACCCCGCCCCAUUCUCCCUCUUUCCAUCACCCCGCCCCAUUCUCCUGA